AUGACGUGCAAUCCAAACUGGCAAGAAAUUUCAAAUGAAUUACGCUUGCAUGAGGAGAGUCAAAAUCGGCCUGAUUUGGUUGCUCGGGUCUUUCGUGCAAAAUUAGAAGAAUUAAAGAAUCGAUUAUUCAAGCAGCAGAUAUUUGGAAAAGUCUCGGCAUAUGUUUAUGUUAUUGAGCACCAAAAAAGAGGGCUUCCACAUGCGCAUUUUUUAAUUGUAUUACAGAGGAAUUGGAAACUCUAUGCGCCUGAAUCUUUUGAUGAGAUCGUAUCGGCAGAAAUACCUGAUAAAAACACAAAUUUGCACUUGCAUAAUGCUGUUAUUAAGCAUAUGAUGCAUGGACCAUGUACGACUGUUGGAAAUGAUUGCUUCCCAAUAUAUAAGCGUUCUGACAAUGGAAUAACUGUCAAACUGAGAGGCCAUAAUUUGGAUAACCGUUGGGUCGUUCCAUAUAAUCCAUAUUUGCUUGCAACAUUUGACUGUCACAUUAAUGUGGAGAUUUGUUCUAUGAUAAAAGCAGUCAAAUAUCUUUAUAAGUACGUUUACAAAGAGCAUGAUCGUGUUGCUUUCAAUUUGGUUUCCGAACAAACCAAUCAACAAAUUGACGAAAUCCAACAAUUCCAAUCGGCUCGAUGGAUUGCUCCACCUGAAGCUAUGUGGAGAAUAUACGGCUUCAUUGUUAAUGAAAUGUACCCAUCAGUAUAUAGCUUACAUUUACAUCUUGAGGAUAAACACCAAGUAACUUUUCGAGCAAAUGAAGACUUAAUCAAUGUUCUCAACUCUGAUCGAUUUGCAAAAUCAAUGUUAACAGAAUUCUUUGCAUUAAACCAAGUAGAUGAAAAUGCCAGGACAUUGUUAUACAAAGACUUUCCAGAAUUUUAUGUUUGGAGCCAACAAUACAAAGAGUGGACUCGUCGGGAAAAAAAAAAAACUGUUAUAGGUCGAAUUAUUACAGCAAAUCCAUUUGAAGGUGAGAGGUAUUAUCUGCGGAUAUUGCUAAAUCAUGUAAGAGGACCUUUGUCGUUUGAAGAUCUUAGGACAGUUGAUGGUGUCCUGGCUCCAACAUUUCGUGAGGCAGCAACUAUGCAUGAUUUGCUACAAAGAGACAGUAGCUUACAAGAUUGUUUACAUGAAGCAUCUCUAUAUCAAAUGCCAUCCAGUUUGAGACGACUAUUUGCAACUAUUUUGAUUUAUUGUAAUCCAACCAAUCCGAGAGAGCUUUGGGAACGUUUUGAGCAAGAUAUGUCAGUUGAUUUUAGGUCGACUGAAAAUUCUAUGUCGGAUGUAAGAAUGCAAGUUUUGCGCUCAAUCUCUUUUACACUUGAAUCAAUGGGGAAAGACAUUAAUUCGUUCCAUCUUCUUGAUGACAACAUUUGUUUUGGUGAAGACCAACUCGAAUUUAGGGAAAUCGAUGAUGAAUUGGCUGUUGAAAUUCCAGAAGAAGAUAUUGUUGCAUCAGAAGCCCUUAAUAGUAAACACCGACAUGUUUAUAAUUUAGUUUUGGGAAAGGUUUUUUCUAAUGAAGCUGCUACAUUCUUUGUCGACGGCCCUACUGGGACGGGGAAGACAUUCUUGUACAAGGCACUUUUUGCCGCAAUAAGAUCAAGAAAAUUAGUCGCACUUGCAACUGCUUCAUCUGGUGUUGCUGCAUCCAUCCUUCCUGGAGGUCGAACAGCACACUCGCGCUUUAAGAUUCCACUAGAUACUGAUGAACAUAGCAUAUGUUGUGUCAGUAAACAAAGUGCCAUCGCAAAGUUACUACGUGUGGCAAGGUUAAUUAUAUGGGAUGAGGCCCCUAUGUCAAGAAAACAACAUAUUCAAGCAUUAGAUAAAAUGCUACGAGACAUUAAUGAUUCAGAGUUAACAUUCGGUGGAAAAGUUGUCGUUUUUUGUGGAGAUUUUCGCCAGGUUUUACCUGUGGUUCGUAAAGGAACAAGACAAGAACAUGUUGACGCCAGUUUGGUUUCUUCUUACUUGUGGCCUACAUUGAUCAAGUUUCAUUUGACUGAAAAUAUGCGAGCAAGAUUGGAUCCAGUCUUUUCAGAAUAUGUGUUAGAAUUGGGCAACAGAAUGCCACCAAUCACAGUUGAUGAAACUAUAAAAAUUCUUGAUAGCAUGCUUGUUCCUUACGAAGAUGACUGUACUUCUUUGGAUCAUUUAAUAGAUGCUAUUUUCCAUGAUAUUCAUGAAUAUUCAAUAAAUAUUUCAGCUAUGAUGAAUCGGGCCAUAUUAACACCAAAGAACAGUUAUGUUGAUGAAAUAAAUGCAUUGCUAAUUCAUAGAUUUUCUGGUGAGAUUAAGCGAUAUUAUAGCUUUGAUGAAGCAAUAGAUACAUCUGAACAGUCAAUUAUGGAAGAUUUUUUAAAUACUCUAACCCCAAAUGGACUUCCUCCUCAUGAAUUGUUACUGAAGAUAAACUGUCCUAUCAUGCUGCUUAGAAACAUUAAUCCUUCAGAAGGACUAUGCAACGGAACACGUCUAAUUUGUCAGGCUUUUGAUCAAAAUGUCAUUGAUGCAAAAAUCGCAGUUGGGCAUCACAGCGGAAAAAGGGUCUUUAUUCCAAGGAUCCCAUUCUUACCAAAUGUUGAUGAAAAUAGUGGCUUCCCAUUCAAACGAACUCAGUUCCCUAUCAGAUUAAGUUUUGCAAUGACUAUAAAUAAGUUACAAGGGCAAAUAUUAGAUUUUGUUGGAAUAUAUUUACCUCAACCUGUUUUCUCACAUGGUCAAUUAUAUGUGGCUUUAUCAAGGGCAAAGACUGCAUCUACAGUAAAGAUUUUAAUACGGUCAGUGUCAACUGAGCGAUCAGAAAAGAACUGCACAAAAAAUAUUGUCUAUACGGAAUUAUUAAGAUUAGCAUCUUCAGAUUAA